AUGGCUGAGUUCAGAUUUCCGGAUGGGCUACGCAUGGGGGAUUUGUACGACUUAAUCCUCGGUACUAGAUGCGACCACGAGAUCACAUGGCCGACCUUGGAGGUUGGAUAUGGACAUGGUAGACGUGAUCUUGGAGAAUGGGAACAAGACCAGGCUUUGAAGGCCUAUGGACAGCGCGCAAUCCUGAUCAAGCAAGUCGUCUACGAGGAACAUUUGAAAGCCCUCUCCAAGCGAGAGUCGUACUGGCACCCAACAUGUCUUCACAAGUACUAUCGAAACACCACUGCACUCAAGACACGAGAGAUAGUGAACGGAAGUGUGACUUCGGGCUAUAAGACGCGCGGGACCGAUCAAUCCUCUGCCAUGGAGAUAUUCCUCCACUACGCCCGAGACCCUAUUCCUCCCAUGGCCUACUAG